UUCAUUUUUCAAGCCUGGGAACCAAAUCCUCGGUCACUCUCAAUGCUGCUUUCUGCGCCGGCUCUACGCUUCGCCAACUGCACACGCGCGGCGGCAGCGGCGGCGACAUCGACGGCGUUGUGGCUGCUUUGCCGGAACCCUAACCCUUGCCGCCCAACAAUGGAAGCCGUCUCCCCGAAAUCUCUGAUCGCCGGACUCUCAAACCCUAGGCCGCUCCUCUGGAAUCCUCUGCUUUCGCAGAGCGCCGAACCGAAGGGAAUCUGCUCGGCUGCCGAGCAGAGUGACGUGAGCUCGGCUCUUGUCGUUGUUUCAUUUUAUAAGUUCGCGGAUUUCCCGGACCAUGCCGUGAUGCGGAUGCCCUUGAAAGAUCUUUGCGAGGAACUGCGUGUUUCAGGAGGAAUCAUUCUUGCACCGGAGGGGAUCAAUGGUAGCAUUUGUGGAACUCCAGAAUCAGUGGAGAAAGUUCUUGAAUUUAUUCAAAGUGAUGACCGUCUUAGAGGGCUUAGACUUGUGGAGUCUCCUGUCAGUCCUGAGGAUGAGGCAAUCCAUCAUGGACAUACAAGCCAUUCCCCUGUUGGAGCUGGGGAAGAUGCUCCAUUUCGAUGGGAUCAUGUUCGAGUCAAGUUGAAGAAAGAGAUAGUGACUUUUGGAGAUCCAAGCAUAAGGCCUACUGAAAGAGUUGGGAAAUAUGUCAGCCCGAAUGACUGGAACACUUUGAUAAGUGAUCCUGAUACAGUGGUAAUUGAUGUUCGCAACACAUAUGAAACCCGAAUAGGGAAGUUCAAAGGAGCUGUUGAUCCAUGCACUACUGCAUUUAGGGAGUUCCCGGCGUGGGUUGAUGAUCAGUUUCAGCUUGCUGAAUUAGAGGAGCAGAUUGUUAACAAGGCUGAUAGCCCAAAAGCUGGGAGCAAAGAGCAAAAUAAGAUUGAAGAAGCUGGGAAACUUCCACGUGGUGCAAUGUAUUGCACUGGUGGCAUCAGAUGUGAGAAGGCUUCUAGCUUUCUCCUAAGCAAAGGGUUUGAAGAGGUGUACCAUUUAGAAGGUGGGAUUCUUAAAUACCUCGAAGAAGUUCCAAAAGCCGAGAGCCUGUGGGAAGGUGAGUGCUUUGUGUUUGACAAGCGGGUUUCUGUCGAACAUGGACUGACUCAAGGAAACUUUAAGCUCUGUUAUGGGUGUAAACAACCGGUGAGUGACGAGGAUAUGGAAGCUCCAGAAUGGGAAUUCGGUGUUUCUUGCCCGUACUGUUUUUCCACCAAAUCUGAAGAGGAGAAAGAUAGGGCAAGAGCUCGGCAGAAGCAGUUUGAAGCAUGGGGUGUCAUCGGCGGACCUGAUAAAGGCCGACGAAAACCUGCUGAACUUCAGAAGGGCACUGACGAAGAGGCAAGGCAGCCUAAUAGUUCAAUUUAGCCAUUUACUGAAUCAAUCAAAAUUUUGUUGUUGUAUUCUGUUAUAAACCCUAGUUUCUUAGCAUCAAAUUGUUAAAAUUUCUAGGUUAUUUUCAUUGCUUUUAUAUACAAACAUAAUUGAUCUUGAUUGCUUGAUGAGUAUUAAUCAAAUCAGCAGAAAUGUUUUUUUCC